GUGACAACGGCAGACAACGGUUUAUACCUGUUGCAUACUACAGCAUACUGGCAUCUAUCAAAAGAACGAAAGCGUAUCAUAAGUCUUACAAUAAUUGAUAUUACGUUAUUAAUACAAUUACAAGAAAAUGAAGUCGGCGCGCAUAAAGCCACCAAAUUCAGCUCGUAAGCUAAUAAACCGACCAAAAGGCAACAAUAUGAUAUCUAAAGAUCCAGUUCAAGUUUACUGUCGUUUAAGGCCAAUGCAACAUUCCACAGAUGCACCAUGUAUGAAACUUAUAUCAGAUGCAACUAUAGCCAUCACUCCACCGGAGUCGGCAAUAAAUUUUCGGAAUUCUGGCAACAAAGAAAUUCAGACAACAUUCAGUCAUGUGUUUAGUUCGGAUGCUACACAAAAAGAAGUCUUCAAUGUAGUUGCUCUUCCAUUGGUUGAAAAUGUUAUUCGUGGUAGGAAUAGCCUUUUGUUUACUUACGGUGUAACAGGAAGUGGGAAAACAUAUACAAUGACUGGUGAACAACAAGAUCCUGGUAUCAUGCCUCGUUGUCUUGAUGUCAUUUUUAAUAGCAUUGCUAAUUAUCAAACGAAAAAGUUUGUUUUUAAACCCGAUAAGUUAAAUGGAUUCGAUAUACAGAGUGAAGCUGAUGCUAUGCUUGAUAGACAGAAUGAAUUUCAUGCCGGGCUUAUGUCUCAGAGGAAUGGAAAGUCAGGCAAGGUAAAAAAAGCAGAGAGUGAUGGAGAUAGUAAUCCAAUAACGGUUCGUGAAGUAAAUGAGUCACAAGUAGUAACAGUGGAUCAAGACAAUGCCUAUGCAGUUUUUGUUACUUAUGUUGAAAUAUAUAACAACAGUGUGUAUGAUUUGUUGGAAGACGAAGACAUCAGAAACAAGACUUUACAGAGUAAAAUAGUUAGAGAAGAUGGAAACAAAAACAUGUAUGUACAUGCUGUAACAGAAGUUGAAGUGAAAAGUUCGGAAGAAGCAUUUGAAGUAUUUCAAUGUGGUCAAAGAAGAAGGCGAGUAGCACAUACUGCUUUGAAUGCAGAAUCAAGCAGGUCACACAGUGUCUUCACUAUUCGUCUUGUACAAGCACCCUUGGAUUGUGAAGGUGAACAAGUUAUACAAGACAAACGUAUAAUAUGUAUCACUCAGUUAUCCUUAGUAGACUUAGCUGGCAGUGAAAGAACAAAUAGAACCAAAAAUACGGGGCAACGAUUGAGAGAAGCAGGUAAUAUCAACAAUUCCUUGAUGACACUUCGAUCGUGUCUGGAAAUUUUAAGAGAGAAUCAAACUCAGAAUACAAAUAAAAUGGUACCCUAUAGGGAUUCGAAGCUCACUCAUUUGUUUAAGAAUUACUUUGAUGGAGAGGGACAAGUGAGAAUGAUUGUCUGUGCUAAUCCAAGAGCAAACGAUUUUGAUGAGACAAUCCAAGUCAUGAAGUUUGCGGAAAUGACCCAAGAAGUUCAAAUAGCUAGACCAACAGUUACUAAAUUAGAUCUUGGUUACACACCUGGAAGAAGACAGGCAAACAAGAUAUUUAAGGAGGCACGUAGCAGAUUGGAGAAAGAAGGUCGUCCCGAAGCUGCCGAUCUAGAAAUCGAUAUAGGCUUAGUAUAUAGUUUGGGCGGUCCAUUCCCCGAAUUGGAAGUUAUUUCUCCAUGCAACGAUCAAAUAAUUACUAAUUUGAUGCACUUCUUGGAACAACGUAUCAAUAAACGGAACAUGUUACGUGUUGAUUUACAGAAAAAACAAAACGAUCUUAGAAAAACAUUAAUGAUAAUGGAACAGGAGCAUAUGAACAUGAAAAUUGAAAAUGCAUCUCUAAAAGCAACUAAUUCUCAACAAAAAAAGAAGGUGUCAGCAUUGGAGGGCCAUCUGUGUAAAAGUGAAGACCAAAUUGAUAGUUUGCUUCGUAAAUUAAAUCAUGCAAAUGAUACAAUCCGUAGCUUGCAACAAGAGUUAAAAGAUAGAGAUAUGGCAUUAAACCAACGUUUGAUAGAUAAACAAAGGGUGAAACAAAAAUAUAACAGUAAAAUGCAAGUUGAAACCGAUAAAAUGAACAGAGAAUUAGAAAUAAAAUUACGUCAACAACGUGAACAGUUGCAGAAUCAAAUGAAGGAGAAAGAGCAUAAAUUGAGACUGGUAAAGCAAAUUCUAGUUGACGAUAAUGGCAUCAAAUCUGUUCCUGUUACUCCAAAAGUUACGGCUAGUGCUAACUCAGAAGCAAAUACAAAAGCAACAGACGGUCGAUCUCGAAGGGAUAAGGUAGCUGUUUCAAAUCUGAGGCAUAGACGUUCGCAGAGUGCUGACAGAUGGAUUGAUCACAGACCAGGAGCACUCGUUCCUCUAGGAACGGUUCUACAACCAUUAAUGCGUAGAAGACGGAGUGUUUCACGACUUACAGAUCCAAAGGAGAUUACGGAUGGGGCAUCGCGAUACUGUCUCGUUGCACAGGAACACGACACUGAUGGGGAACUCGAAACAAAAUUGUAUAAGGGAGAUAUACUACCAACCAGUGGAGGUGGUGCACAGGUUGUAUUCAAUGAUAUGGAAUGUUUGAAGCAGUUAUCUCCAAAGGCGAGAAAACGUAGUGGUCCAGCAGAUUUAGAUACAAAUGAAAUAGGCACGCCAAAUCAUUCAUCUACACUCGUAGAGACACACUCUAAAAGGCCUCGUGUGGUAAAUUAAAGAGUUUAGGAAUAAAUUAUAAUGCUAUGCAGUCCAGAGUUUUGUGUAUUACAGUAUCGAUUUAAUAAUUUAUUGAAUAAUACAAUUUAUAAAAGAAAAUGACUCUAUAUAAGGAGGUAUAUAAUAUUUUGAUAGAGGAAUUGAAUCAUGAUCAUGCGAAUAC